AGCCAGACAAAAACAACCACGGCGCUUGUCUCGCGGUGUCAUUCUGAUCUUGACUUCCAAACUAGACUGUGAAAUUUUGUCCCUUCGGGUUGAAUUUACUUUAUUUUUGUGUAGUGAUAUCGAUUUGAGAUAUGAGGAUUAAGUUAAAAGAUUGUGUGCUAAUGUUGCUGAUGGCAACGCUAGUAGCAGCAGAUCCAGAGAAAGCAGCUCCUAAAGAUGUCUUGGAGGAAGAUAUUCUACCCUAUCCGUAUAUCUUGACCGGUGUUUGCUGCAUUUUGAUGAUGCUGAUCGUGCUAUAUUUGCACAUUCGAAUCCCCCAGAUUCGUUCGAUCUACGGUUGGGCGCUGCCAAGUUUUCUCGCUGGACUGAUAACGCUGUACUUUAGCUUCGUGAUCAUGAACUCCCACGUAACGGCUAUACCGUGCUCGGCGUUGGGAUACAUGCUCGGGUUCUCCAUAAUAGUUUGCAUUUGCUGGUUCAACGUCAUGUGUUACGAUUGCUACGCGGUGUUCAGCGGUCGCACUCGAAGCUUGGCCAGAUAUUGCCUAUACGGGUGGGGUCUUCCGGGGGCUUACCUGGCCAUCUGUCUGACGCUGAACAAUUUGAACAUUCUGGAAGAGAAACUCAAGCCACCGUUUACGUUCUGGGGAUGUGCCAUCGGCAACGAAAAUCAAACCGCCGAUCUGCUGUACUUCUUCCUGCCGAUGACGCUGCUGAUGGUGGUGAACGUGGUUCUGCUGGUGAAGACUAAGCUGAAGGUCAACAAAAUUGUCAACCAACCGGAGGACACCAUCCGCACCGACACCAAGCUCGACCACGAGCGCUUUGGGUUGACGGUGCUGAUCUUCAUUGCGAUGAUCAUCUCGUUUGGGCUGGACAUGUUCUCGUGGGCCAUGGAGGAUUACGAGUGGCUGUACUUUAUGUCCAACGUUUCGGUGUACAUGCUGGGGGUGAUUAUAUUCUUCCUGUUCAUUUGCAACCGUCACGUUGAUCAGUGGUGCGGAAGGUCGCAUUAAGUGUCGAACGAUUGUUAAAAAUGACCCAAGAUCUUGAAACGAAAACCUGACUAACGACCACUUUU